AUGGUGAGGAGGACGAAGGCGUCGAUGAGGAGUUCGCAGGCCAACGCCGAUGAGGGAUCGAGAAGAACAAUGACCCCAUGGUUGGUUCCUGGGCAGAUCUGGGUGUGCGACUUGAAGGGGUCCAGAAAUCCAGACGAAGAAGAAGAAGAAGAACAUGGUAUCGACACAGAAGAAGAAGAACACGGGGUCCAGAAAUCCAGACGAAGAAGAAGAAGAAGAAGAAUACGGGUGUGCGAAGAAGAAAAAGAACGGGGUCCAAAAAUCCAGGCGAGAGGGAGAAGGCAGUCCGUCUGUCCGCUUGUCCACUCAUCCGUCCGGGGCCACUUAGUCGACCACCUCACCGACAAAGGAAAGAAGACUUACCAGGGUCAGAGGGACACGAUAGACAACCAGAGGGACAUAACACCGCCCAGGCCACCUGUUCAUGAGAGAACGGUCAACGUAAUAACAGGUGGCUCAAAAGUAAGUGGAGUCACCCAGUCAGCUGCAAAGAAACAUGCACGUCAGGCUAACUGGACCAAAGGGGAGACCAGCAGAACAUCUUCCUUACCGGAGCAAACCAUCAGCUUCACGACAUCAGAAUCAACUAGGCUUCUUAACCCUCAUCAUGAUGCUCUUGUUAUUUCACUUUAUAUAGCUAACUAUUUGACUAAACGUAUACUUGUCGAUAAUGGCAGUUCAGCUAACAUCCUUUUUUUGAGUGCUCUCAGGGAAAUGGGAAUUGACGAAUCCAAAAUUGUGAGGAAGACAACUGUCCUAAUUGGAUUUAGUGGUGAACAGAAAAAUACCUCGGGAGAGAUCGAGCUGCCUGUGUAUGCUGAAGGAGUCAACUUGUGCACCAGGUUCCUGGUGAUUGACUCCCCUUCUGCCUACAACGUCAUCCUCGGCAGGCCAUGGAUCCAUGAGAUGGAAGCUGUACCUUCAACUUACCACCAAGCUUUAAGGUUUCCAACCAAAUGGGGGCCGAAAGAAAUUAGAGGGGAGCAGAAAGAUUCAAGAGAAUGCUACCGAACCACCAUGAAGGCAAAACCAGCACAGUCAUAG